AAAAGCCGACUCCCUCAGCAUCGCACUUCCCCUCGACUCUCUGAACAAUAACGAUGCAUCCCCUUCUGCUCCCUUCUCUUCCCUUCUCCCUCAUCGCCACCGCGAGCGCCACCACCACACACCACUCUCGCACACCACUCUCGCUCUAUUCGAUCAUCGCAACCGCAGCGUCGGGGAGGGAGCUAUGUCCAUGUCCAGCGGCGGCCCGUCGGCGCCGCAGCGCCAGCCCUCCAUGGGUAGGCGGAACAUCUCCCGGGCAAUCACCAUGAGGACGGAUGGAUACUCCGGCGAGGAGGAAGGACCCAUCAUAGAGAGCGAGCUCGUGCCAUCCUCCCUCGCGCCCAUCGUGCCCAUUCUCCGUGCGGCCAACGAGAUCGAGGACGAAAACCCGCGCGUCGCAUACCUCUGCCGUUUUACUGCAUUCGAGAAGGCGCACACCAUGGAUCCAAACUCAAGUGGCCGUGGAGUCCGGCAGUUCAAAACCUAUCUCUUGCAUAGGCUGGAAAAGGAUGAAAAAGAUACACAACGCAGGCUUGCAUCAACUGAUGCAAAAGAGAUUCAGAGGUUCUAUGAACACUAUUGUAAAAAAUAUCUUGAGGAGGGUCUUCAAACGAGAAAGCCGGAUGAGAUGGCUAGAUACUAUCAGAUUGCAUCUGUCCUAUAUGAUGUGUUAAAAACUGUGACACCUGACAAGCCUAACUCCGAGUAUGACCAGUAUGCUAAAGGUGUUGAAAAGGAGAAAGCUUCCUUCUCACAUUACAACAUUUUGCCCCUUAAUAUUUCUGGUCCCACACAACCUGUAAUGGAAAUACCUGAGAUAAAAGCAGCAGUGGCCCUUCUUCGCAAGAUAAACAAUCUUCCAACGCCAAGGCCAGAUACGACUAACGGGCCUCAAGGGAUAGAUGAUGGACCUAUUGUUCGUGACUUGCUUGAUUGGCUCUGGCAAACAUUUGGAUUUCAGAAAGGUAACGUGGAAAACCAAAAGGAGCAUUUGAUUUUGCUGCUUGCUAACAUAGAUAUGAGAGGAAGUGGCAAUGUCCACCAGGGUGAAAGACAAAAUCACAUGAUACAGCGUGAUACAGUGGAUCACUUGAUGAAAAAAGUCUUUCAAAACUACAUUUCAUGGUGUCGGUAUCUGCAUUUGGAGUCAAACAUCAAAAUUCCACAUGAUGCCUCGACACAACAACCAGAGCUUCUUUACAUCGGGUUGUAUUUGCUGAUAUGGGGUGAAGCUUCUAAUGUUCGCUUUAUGCCUGAAUGCCUUUGUUAUAUCUUCCACCAUAUGGCAAGGGAUUUAUAUGACAUAAUAUCUGAUAGACGAGAAGAGUCAUUUGACCCACCCUUCCGGCGAGAGGGGAGUGAUGAUGCAUUUCUACAGUUGGUUAUCCAACCAAUCUACAAUGUUAUUCAUAAUGAAGCUACAAUGAGUAAGCGUGGUACUGUGAGCCACUCGAAGUGGAGAAACUAUGAUGACCUGAAUGAAUAUUUUUGGUCGAAGAAAUGCUUCAAACAACUUGGAUGGCCAAUGGAUCCAGCCUCUGACUUUUUUGCAGAUCCUACGAAAACUAAAAAUGACAUUGAGCGGCACGAUCAUUCGAUGAGCAGACGGAGGAUGUCCAAAACAAAUUUUGUUGAAGUUCGUACAUUUUUGCAUCUCUUCAGAAGUUUUGAUCGAAUGUGGGCCUUUUUCAUAUUAGCUUUCCAGGCCAUGGUAAUUAUUGCAUGGAGCCCUUCUGGAUCACUUUCUGCUAUAUUCGAGCCAGCUGUUUUCAGAAAUGUUAUGACAAUAUUUAUAACAGCUGCAUUUCUAAACUUCCUUCAGGCCACACUUGAGAUAGUUCUUAACUGGAAGGCUUGGAGGAGCCUGGUGUGCUCGCAGAUGAUACGGCAUGUCCUUAAAUUUGUUGUAGCUAUUGGCUGGUUGAUAAUUCUUCCAGUGACGUACUCCAGUUCCAUCCAAAAUCCCACAGGCCUUAUCAAGUUCUUCAGCAAUUGGAUUGGAAAUUUCCAGAGUCAAUCGAUAUAUAAUUUUGCAGUUGCUCUUUACAUGCUGCCGAACAUUUUCAGUGCCUUGUUUUUCAUAUUUCUACCAAUGCGAAGGGCACUAGAGCGUUCAAAUUCUCGCAUUGUUAGAUUUCUUUUGUGGUGGACGCAGCCAAAAUUAUAUGUCGCCCGAGGCAUGUAUGAGGACACAUGUUCACUUCUUAAGUACACGACAUUCUGGAUUCUAUUGCUUAUAUGCAAGCUCGCCUUCAGUUAUUACGUUGAGAUUUCUCCUCUCGUUGGACCUACCAGGACAAUUAUGUUUUUGGGACGGGGGAAAUACAUCUGGCACGAGUUCUUUCCAUACUUGCAGCAUAAUUUAGGUGUUGUUUUUACUAUAUGGGCACCAAUUGUCAUGGUAUACUUAAUGGAUACGCAAAUAUGGUACGCUAUUUUUUCAACAAUAUGUGGUGGAGUAAAUGGUGCCUUCAGCCGCUUGGGUGAGAUACGAACCCUUGGGAUGUUAAGAUCAAGAUUCGAGGCAAUCCCAACAGCGUUUGGUAAACAUCUUGUGCCUGGACAUGGUAGUCAACCAAAGAGACGUGAGCGUGAGAAGGAGGACAAAAAUUUGCAUAUUGAUAAGUUCUCCGACAUAUGGAAUGCAUUUAUUAUCUCUUUGCGAGAUGAAGACUUGAUAAACAAUAGGGAGAGAGAUUUAUUGAUUGUUCCAUCAUCUGCGGGUGACACUAGCGUUUUUCAAUGGCCUCCUUUCCUUCUCGCUAGCAAGAUUCCAAUGGCACUUGAUAUGGCAAAGAGCGUCAAGAAAAGGGAUGAAGAACUACGGAAGAGGAUAAACCAGGAUCCAUACACCUUUUAUGCCGUAAUAGAGUGUUAUGAGACUUUGUUAAAUAUUCUGUACAGCCUUAUGGCAGAAACAAGUGAUAAGAAAGUUGUUGAUCGAAUACGUGAAAGUCUUGAAGAUAGCAUAGAACGUCAGUCACUUGUGAGGGAAUUCCGAUUGGAUGAACUUCCUCAGCUAAGUGCUAAGUUCGAUAAGCUGCUAACUCUACUAUUGAAAACUGAAGAGGAGCAUGACACAACAAUAAAAACACAGAUUGCCAAUCUAUUACAAGAUACAAUGGAAAUCAUUACACAGGAUAUCAUGAAGAAUGGACAAGGUAUUUUGAAGGAUGAAAAUAGAGACAAUCAACUGUUUGCAAAUCUGAAUCUGGACUCAAUAAAGGAUGAAGCUUGGAGGGAGAAGUGUGUUAGGCUUCAGUUGUUGCUGACAACGAAAGAAUCUGCAAUUUAUGUGCCAACGAACUUGGAAGCUCGGCGCAGGAUCACUUUCUUUGCGAACUCACUAUUUAUGAAAAUGCCAAGGGCUCCACAGGUCCGCAGCAUGAUGUCCUUCAGUGUUCUAACUCCUUACUUCAAAGAGGAGGUGCUCUUUUCGACAGAAGAUCUGCAUGAAAAAAAUGAGGACGGGAUUUCUAUCCUGUUCUAUUUACGGAAAAUAUAUCCAGAUGAAUGGAAGAAUUGUCUUGAGCGCAUAAAAUUUGUACCAAAGGAUGAGGAGUCCCUUAAAUCAAGGAUGGAUGAGAUCUCACCCUGGGCAUCUUAUAGGGGACAAACGCUCACCAGAACUGUGAGAGGAAUGAUGUACUACAGGAGGGCGCUUGAGAUUCAAUGUAUUCAAGAUAAAAUUGAUAUUGCUAAAUUGGACCGCCAGAGAACAACAACAUCCUAUCAAGAGGGUGGAAACAUUGUAGAUAUGGCACUUGCCAUUGCUGAUAUCAAAUUCACCUAUGUUGUGUCUUGUCAAGUAUAUGGCAUGCAAAAGGUGUCCAAGAAUCUCAAAGAUAAAGCUUGCUAUCUGAACAUCCUUAACCUCAUGAUAAUGUACCCGUCCUUACGGAUUGCUUAUAUUGAUGAGGUAGAAGCUCCGACCAAAAAUGGAACAACAGAGAAGACUUAUUAUUCUGUUCUUGUCAAAGGAGUGGGUGAAAAGUAUGAUGAGGUACUUGCUGAAUAUAAACAUAAAUGUUUUCACAUAGCAUCAUUUCCAUCAAAAGCUUCAUUGGCUUCUCUAACUAAAGAUAUUGGAGAGGGCAAACCUGAAAAUCAAAAUCAUGCCAUAAUUUUCACCAGGGGAGAAGCACUCCAGGCCAUUGAUAUGAAUCAGGAUAAUUACCUUGAAGAGGCAUUUAAAAUGAGAAAUGUGCUGGAGGAGUUCGGGAGUGACAAAUAUGGAAAGAGCAAGCCCACUAUAUUAGGUCUUCGGGAGCAUAUUUUUACUGGAAGUGUUUCAUCACUUGCUUGGUUUAUGUCAAACCAAGAGACCAGCUUUGUUACGAUUGGACAGCGUGUUUUGGCCAAUCCUCUCAAGGUUCGGUUCCAUUAUGGCCAUCCUGAUAUUUUUGAUAGACUCUUCCAUAUUACUAGGGGAGGCAUAAGUAAAGCUUCCAAGACUAUAAAUUUAAGCGAAGAUAUCUUUUCAGGUUUUAAUUCAACAAUGAGGGAAGGAAAUAUCACACAUCAUGAGUAUAUGCAAGUCGGUAAAGGACGUGAUGUGGGGAUGAACCAAAUUUCAAGCUUUGAAGCUAAGGUUGCCAAUGGAAAUGGUGAACAAACAUUGAGUCGUGACAUCUAUCGUCUUGGACGCAGAUUUGACUUCUAUAGAAUGCUGUCUUUCUACUUCACUACAGUUGGCUUUUAUUUCAGUAGCAUGGUUACUGUACUUACAGUCUAUGUAUUUUUGUAUGGGAGGUUAUAUCUCGUCAUGAGUGGUCUGGAAAAGUCUAUUUUGCUGGAUCCACGUAUUAAGGAGGACAUCAAGCCUCUUGAAAAUGCACUCGCUUCACAGUCUGUUUUCCAGCUUGGGUUGCUGCUUGUCCUCCCUAUGGUCAUGGAAGUUGGCUUAGAGAAGGGAUUCCGCACAGCUUUAGGAGAGUUCAUCAUCAUGCAGCUUCAGUUGGCCUCUGUGUUCUUCACAUUCCAGCUUGGCACCAAAACACACUACUAUGGGCGAACAAUACUCCAUGGUGGCGCUAAAUACAGACCUACAGGCCGUGGAUUUGUUGUGUACCACGCUAAGUUUGCUGAUAAUUAUCGCAUGUACUCCCGAAGCCACUUUGUUAAAGGACUUGAGCUGUUAAUACUUCUGGUUGUAUAUCUGGCCUAUGGGAAAUCCUACCGCAGCACGAGCCUGUACCUAUUUGUCACCUUCUCCAUAUGGUUCCUGGUGGCAUCUUGGCUAUUUGCACCAUUUAUCUUCAAUCCGUCAUGCUUUGAGUGGCAGAAGACGGUUGAUGACUGGACAGAUUGGAGGAAAUGGAUGGGUAACCGUGGGGGUAUCGGUAUGUCUGUGGAUCAAAGCUGGGAGGCUUGGUGGAUAGGUGAGCAGGAGCACCUCAGGAAAACCAGCAUUCGCGCUCUUGUCUUGGAAAUCCUCCUCUCUCUUCGUUUCUUGAUCUACCAGUAUGGUAUAGUGUAUCAUCUCAACAUUGCACGCCGCAGCACAAGCAUCCUGGUUUAUGGAUUGUCAUGGCUGGUUAUGCUGACGGUUCUAGUAGUUUUGAAGAUGGUUUCAAUAGGACGGCAGAAAUUUGGGACAGACUUGCAGCUUAUGUUCCGCAUCCUGAAGGGCCUUCUCUUUCUUGGCUUUAUCUCUGUGAUGUCAGUCCUAUUUGUUGUAUGCAGCCUCACGAUUUCAGAUGUCUUCGCUAGUAUUCUUGGGUUCCUACCAACUGGUUGGUGUAUUCUUCUGAUUGGGCAGGCAUGCGCUCCACUGAUUAAGAAGACUACGCUGUGGGACUCCAUCAUGGAGCUAGGGAGGGCAUACGACAACAUCAUGGGUCUUGUUCUCUUCCUUCCCAUCGGCUUCUUGUCGUGGUUUCCCUUCGUCUCAGAGUUCCAGACACGGUUGCUCUUCAACCAAGCCUUCAGCCGGGGCCUCCAGAUCUCAAGGAUCCUUGCCGGCCAGAAGGACAUUGGGGAGUUCGAGUGACCAGUGAAUUCGCAUAGGCGGGAUACAUGUUGCAGGUUCAUGUGUCAUGAUCGAUUUUUGGGCGUAGGUUCCUCCAUGGUGUGAUCGACCCUUAAAAGAAUAGUAUAUGGCAUGCUAGGGGACUAACUUCAACUCGUUGGUAUAGAACCAAGGUGCUCAUAAAAGUAUGUAUAUUUUGUCAUUCUGUGCCGCCAUUUGCAUACUACUACUACUACUAUUUUGUGCACCAGGUCAUCUGAAUGUGUGGAAUGAUAAUAUUUGCAUUGAUGAUUGUAUUGCUCA